GUUAUGUUGGAACUUUGAAGCUCAGAGUGGGAGGAGCCUAAACAAAGAAAGGUGGGGGGGGGAAACACGAUUUCCUCCAAUCUGAUUGGUCAGCUGAGUGUUCCUGCUGCGCGCACGUGACCCCACUUUUUCACCCUCUGUAUACACACACACACACACACACACACAGAGUCGCUCUAGUGGUUUAAAUAAAAAAAAACCACAACAACACAGAGGUGGCGUCUUUUUUCCCCUCCAGCACGCAAUGACGCGGUUGUGUUGAAAUCGCGGCGUUAAAGCGCGUCUCUCUCCUCCGGGUCCCUGUUACCGAAGCCGCGAUCGUUGCGCCAUGGCGGCCGCGCCGCUGACGAAGCGCUCGGGGACGGACCACGCACGGAGGCGCGCGGACCCCCGCAGGAGGCAGGCUGCGCUGUCGUUCCUCAGCAACAUUUCUCUGGACGGGCGGCCCGUGCGCGGCGACGCGGACGCUCCUGGAGAGGAGGACGGCUCCCUGGAGGCGAGGAAGACACGCAGCCCGGUCACCGCCGCCGAGGAAGAAGAAGAAGAAGAAGAGGAGGAGGAGGAGGAAGACGAGGAGGAGGAGGAAGACGAGGAUGACGAGGCCCAAACUCCGAGAAGGCGCGCGAGCUUCGCCAUCGGCGCGAGCCCUCCCGCGGACGCGCAGGUCUUCCACGCGCAGGUCUUCGGCUCGCCGUUCGCCGCCGCGCGCGGCCGCCUGCACACGUUCACUCAGGGACUUCCGCCCGCCGCGUGCUGCAGGCAGCAGAGCUCGUGCUGCCCUGAGGGAGGAGGAGCAGGACACAUCAGCACCUCCACUGUCGAGCUGCACAAGUCCAGGCGGAGGCUGAUUUCCCAGCGGUCCUCACUGGAGACUCUGGAGGACAUUGAGGAGAACGCGCCUCUUCGCAGAUGCCGAACCUUAUCGGGUUCACCUCGACCAAAGAGCUUCAAGAAGGUCCACUUCAUCAGGAACAUGAGGCAACAUGACAUCCACAACGGAAGGAUAGUCCUUAUCAGUGGCAGAAGAUCCUUCUAUAGUGUAUUUUCUGUCCUGCCCUAUCGAGAUUGUAGCCAAACAGGGGAUGGUGUGAAAAUGGAGAGCGGGCGUCAGCGUCACCCCUCAGGCGGCGUCAGUGCCAAGGAGAUGGUGAUCGGGCUCGAGGGCGUGGAACUGGGCGCUGACGGCAAGACGGUGUCCUACAUGCAGUUCCUCUACCCGACGAACGUCCUCGGCCGACGCAACACCAUCGACUCCACCUCGUCCUUCUCUCAGUCUCGUAACGCCAGCCAUCGCAGCCUCAUCCUGGCGCGCGCCAACAGCCACCAGAGCAGCCUCGACACGGGGAACGAAGUGGGAGAUUUCAGGGACUACGACCCCAACCUUCUGGACGACCCUCAGUGGCCAUGUGGAAAACAUAAACGCGUGCUCAUAUUUCCUUCCUACAUGACCACGGUUAUCGAGUACGUCAAGCCCUCCGACCUGAAGAAGGACAUGAACGAGACGUUCAAGGAGAAGUUCCCUCACAUUCGCCUGACGCUGAGCAAGAUCAGGAGCCUGAAGCGAGAGAUCCGGAAGCUGGCCCAGGACGAGUGCGGCUUCGAGGAGCCCACCGUCGCCAUGGCCUUCGUGUAUUUCGAGAAGCUGGUGCUGCAGGGCAAACUCAACAAGCAGAACCGCAAACUCUGCGCCGGAGCCUGUGUCCUGCUGGCGGCCAAGAUCGGCGGAGACCUCAAGAAGCACGAGGUCAAGCUCCUGAUAGACAAACUGGAGGAGAGGUUUCGGGUGAACCGGCGCGAGCUGAUCGCCUUCGAGUUCCCCGUGCUGGUGGCGCUGGAGUUCAACCUUCACCUGCCGGAGCAUGAGGUCAUGCCGCACUACAGACGCCUCCUGCAGACCUCCUAGCAGCAGCUCCUCGUCAGGAGAGACCUCUCUCUCUCCCUCUCUGUGUCUCCCUCUCUAUGUGUCUCUCUCCCUCUUGGUGUCUCCCUCUCUCCCUCUCUCUUUCUCUCUCUGUCUUCCUCUGUGUCUUUCUCGCUGUCUCUCUCUCCCUCUCUCUCUCCCUCUCUGUGUGUCUCUGUCUCUCCCUCUCUGUGUGUUUCCCUCUCUCUUUCUCUCGGUCUCCCUCUGUGUCUCUCUCGCUGUGUCUCUCUGUCUCUCCCUCUCUGUGUUUCCCCUCUCUCUUUCUCUCUCUAUUUCUCUCUCUGUCUCCCUCUGUGUCUCUCUCCCUCUUGGUGUCUCCCUCUCUCUUUCUCUCUCUGUCUCCCUCUGUGUCUUUCUCGCAGUCUCUCUCUCUCCCUCUCUGUGUGUCUCUGUCUCUCCCUCUCUGUGUGUUUCCCUCUCUGUGUUUUUCCCUCUGUCUCUCUCUCGCUGUGUCUCUCUGUCUCUCCCUCUCUGUGUUUCCCCUCUCUCUUUCUCUCCCUCCCUCUUGGUGUCUCCCUCUCUCUUUCUUUCUCUGUCUCCCUCUGUGUCUUUCUCGCUGUCUCUCUCUCCCUCUCUCUCUCCCUCUCUGUGUGUCUCUGUCUCUCCCUCUCUGUGUGUUUCCCUCUCUGUGUUUUUCCCUGUGUUUUUCCCUCUCUCUUUCUCUCGGUCUCCCUCUGUGUCUCUCUCGCUGUGUCUCUCCCUCUCUGUGUUUCCCCUCUCUCUUUCUCUCUCUUUCUCUCUCUGUCUCUCUCUCCCUCUCUGUGUGUUUCCCUCUCUGUGUGUUUCCCUCUCUGUGUGUUUCCCUCUCUCUUUCUCUCGGUCUCCCUCUGUGUCUCUCUCGCUGUGUCUCUCCCUCUCUGUGUUUCCCCUCUCUCUUUCUCUCUCUUUCUCUCUCUGUCUCUCUCUGUCUCUCUCCCUCUCUCUGUGUCUCUCCCUCUCUCCUGAUCUGACCCCCAGAGAAGCUCUAUGCACCUGACCAUGAACCUGGAUGUUUUUUUCCCCCUGGAAGGGAGGGGAAAAAAAACAUAUUUCAGCCAAAGUUUCUGAAAAUCUGAUUGCCUGCCUGCGCAGUUUUUUUUUUAUAGACUCACAAAUGACUGUUUGGUUCGUGUCCGAGCUUCUGCAGUCACUGUAGUGGAGAAUGUUGGGUUUUUUUGGUUUUUUUUUAGUGCAUCCUUUUCAUCGUGGAUCUUUCUUUCUUCUUCACUGCAUUCACUUCUUCACCUCACCCUAAAGGGAAGCCGUUGCAUGUCGCAUUGUUUAUAGCCUUAAAAAUCCACCUGUGAAUGGACUCAACUUCUCAAGAUGACGACGACUGUUUUUUUUUUUUUUUUUUUUUAAAAGGAGGACCUCGUACGUUUUUACAAAAUAAAAAAAUUGCACUUUUGGGGUUGGUGGGGAGGGACGGGGGGGUGGGUGUCGAAGAACGCUAGAGGUCAAGGACCGUCAUUUCAUCAUCACAUUUCUCACUGAAAUUCGUUCGAAGCAGCACUCAGUGUUUCCGAGCAGCAGACGCGUUUGAGGGGUUUUUUUUUUUUGUUUUUUUUGGCGUUUUUAAAAGAAAAAAAAAAAAAAAAAAGAAUAACUAGAUGUGGUGGUGUGACGAGCUGCCAUCGCGGUUACUGUCCCCGUGCUCUAUGUUAGAGUGGACUCUCGGCACGUUUCUAGUGCUACGCUGGAGGAGAGAUGAUGUGUACGAAAGGUCAUACUGCAGAACAACAACGCUGAAGAUGUCGAGUCAGCAGGAAGUGUGUGUGUGUGUGUAUUGUAUGUUACUGCAGCGCUCAGUGUAUCGAAGACCUACGCAGUAUUAACACACGGCCCAACUUCGAUAGCGAACUGGGCCAGGAAUUCCUUCGAAUCUUUUACUUGCUCUUUUUUAAGCUGGUCACGCUUCAAACCUUAGACAUGAUGAUUGUUACUGUUUUCGUUUUCAUCACAAAACGAUGUGAUUUCCGCGUGGCUGAUCGAGCACAUUUCAGACUUUCCUUUAACCGUGGAUCGGGAAAAAUCGGUUAUCAUAUUUUCUGGAUUAUAAGACACUUUUGUUUA